UGGUUUUCAUUGCAUUCCAUAGGGAAUAUAGCUUUACUUGUAGUUGCAGGAAAGUAUUCGGGACGCUUUCUAUAAGUAGAGAAUCUACCAUCAUUCUGAGACAAACUCCACCAUGAAAAACUCUGGUCUUCGCAAACAAGAGGAAGAAGCUGCAACUACCGAUCUACUGAAAUCAAUCAAUCAUCUCAUGUCCAAACUGGGCGGCAACCAAUCUUUUGAACGCAUCAAUCUGGGAGGAAAGAAUGUUGGCGCGGCAAUGACCGUGCGAUGCGGCUCUUGUGGUAAGUCAGCCAAUAGUUGUAACAUAAACAUUUACAUCAAUAACAAUGUUCAGGGUGUGAACAACUCACUCUUGCUGGGUAGUGAGGUGAGAGUGGGAGAUCCCGGAGUCUGCUUAUCUAUGAGAGGCAUCGAGACGGGUAAGGGAUUUGCGGAAGUGAACAAGAAAAGAAAGGGUUUCAGGCUACGGUUUAUUGGGAUGUUUUCGCUUGUGGUCAUUUCUAUUUUGCUGUUGCUGUCUUUGUUAGAAGUCUUGUCUUUUAGCCUACGAAACGGAAAAUUUGCCCCUCAUAGUUUCCUGAUACCUUGUUAGCGUCAGUUUUGAGAUUAUUCCAUGGCUUCAAAUAAAUCAGUUUUGGUUCC